CGUAACCACUUCCACCACAACAAGCUGAAAAACAAGGAAGUGAACUGUAACUGUCAUAAGGCCGUAAAAAAACAACCGGACCACCGUUUAAAGCUUUUACUCAUCAGCCUACGGAUCAAUUCAGAACAAUGAACAACAAAGGUUCAUAUCCACAGCAAGCUGUGUAUCCUCAGCAGAGCACUGCUCCUAUAUACCCCCCUGCUAUGCAAAUGUCUCCUCAGGCACCUCCCUACACAGAUGCACCACCUGCAUAUUCUGAGAUAUACCAGCCCAGAUUUGUGCUUCCACCUCAGGUGCCUGGUCAGGUGCCUCAAAUGUCUUCUCCAUACCCCGGUGCUCAGGUGUUCAUGCACAUGCAGCCACCCAUGCCUGUUGGGCCAGUGAGCCAGAAUGUCCCCAUGGCCUAUUAUCCCAUGGGGCCCGUGUACCCUCCUGCUUCAACAGUGAUGGUGGAGGGGGGCUUUGAUGCCGGAGCGCGCUUCGGAGCAAGCAGCGGUGUUUCCAUCCCACCCCCACCUCCUGGUCACCCCCCCAACGCAGCUCAACUGGCUGCCAUGCAGGGUGCCAAUGUUGUAAUGACACAGCGCAAGAGCAACUUCUUCCUGGGUGGCUCCAGUGGAGGUUAUACCAUCUGGUAACAGCAACCAUUCUCCUCAACUCCUCUUUCAUGCCUAAACCGUGCCCCUACUCCAAAUGAUGCCCUUAUCCCUCCCCUGUCCCGUCCCAUACGCCUCCCUGUUCAGGCUGCUUGGCCAUGCCACGAUACUCAUAUCACCUAACGGAAUGUAAUACUUUAGAGCCCUCAUGAAAGGUACAGUACUCCACUUGUGACGCUAGAGAUAAAAUAUCACUAUUGAUGGAUACCACUGCUUGGAGAGGACAAAAGCAAAUCAUAGAGCUCAUUCCAUAAUUCUACACAGCGUCCAGCCUCUUUGGUCAUUCCAGAUUUUUCCUCUUUCAGGUUCUGAUAUCUGUAUUUGUUCAAGUGAAUCAAAUGGAUCACAAGUUGCAUUUAGAUGUUCUUGUAUAUGUGUUAACUAGGUAACCAAAAUGGUGAAAUAUCAAAUCCGCAUUAUAUAUCUUAGCUGCUUUAUGGUAACAAUGGAAUGCAGUUAUGAGGUCGCAGUUAAAGUUCAAGAGGAGAGGGGGCCACCUCCACCUGUCUUUUUGGAAAACUGUUACUAUUAGUGUAGUUACAUGAAUAGCUGUGUAAUAAGUCCAUGUAAAUAUAAUGAUCAUUACAGGAAUUAAAUUUUAGAUGUUAAAAAAAAAGAACUUCUUGGAUGCCCUAAGCUAGGAAAUCAUGUCUUGUCUUUUGCACAGUAUUGAAAAUACCACGUGACAAAUUUAGUUGCACAAUGAACUGUCCAAUAUCUGACAGAUCCCUCACAUUCGAAUCACUUGCUAAGUAGAUUUAAGCAAACAAUGGGGAAAAAAAGAAUACAUGCAAUAUCCAAAGUGGGUUACUGUACCUUAUUGGGCCACUGGUAGAUGAACAUAGUCAAGUGCCAAAGAGCACUGGCAAUAGCCCUGAUAUAAAGCAAAUUAACUUCAGUAAACUUAAAGGAAAGAAAUUUAAAGUAAAUCCAAAUAGUGAGCUGAGUGGAAAGAAGUGGUUGGUGUAACAUUUUAGCUUGUGUUUUUGUUGUUGUUGUUGUUUUUUUUAUUUCACAGUCGGAUACCCAGAGUUAAUACACUAAAUGUUUUAUUGUACAGAUUUCAAGAACUACCCAUCACUGUUUCUACUUUUGUCUUUUCACAUAUUUUGGUGUCAUCUAAUCAAGGGUUUAAAGUAUUUAUUCACUUGAGAAAAAAUGCCACCCUUGUGAAAGCAUUAUUUAACAUUUUCAAGAGAGGGUGAGGUGACUUUUUAUUUCUUAAAGUUUUCACUGGUUUUUUUUUUUUUCUACAUGUAAGUGAUUUAUAUGAUUAGUUAGGCUAAUAAAUUUGUUAGUAUAACCAAUGAGCUGGUUGUACCAAAGAUCUGGUCUGUAAUGCACUUAUGUUUGGUUGUGACCUGAAAUUUAAAAGUCACAAUUUAAAAGCAAACAUAUCAUUGAAUAAGCAGUUGUGAAGUUGUGGGUGCCUAGACCCUCAACUGGACACAACUGCGAUUGUAAUUUAAUGUGGUGUUUGUCACUUCAUGUAGAGCAAUUUCAUCUUUUUAAGUUCUUACACACUUUUGCACCUUUGCUAUGUACAAAUUUGAUUAAAUACUUCUUUUUAUCUGAAAUGCACUGCUAAGCAAAUCUGAAACGUUUCAGGCAACGGGGCUACUCUUUCUUUGAAGUCUUGUUUUCAUUUCUUUUGAAGAAAGCUGUGAGAAUUUGUAAACAUUUUAGGAUUGUAAAAUACUAGCUCCUCAUGCCUAGUUCAUUUUUUAAGUAAUGUCAUGAUGUGGCGUAGUAUUAUUCAGUAGCCUGAAAGUGUAUGCAAACUUUGGCAACAAGGGCACAUCACUGUCUACGCGUUUGUUCAUUUCCAAGGCAUUUUUGUGCUGCUAGUUGAAGUAUUUAGAGCCUUUACAUAUGUUAUCUUACAGACUUAAAUAAGAUAGGUUCAGUCAGUAUGGACACCAUCAACUGAUAUUUGUAGAUAGGGUUCAUUUUGGUGUCUGGUAACGUCGUGUCACUGGGUAUCCGACAUACCAUACCAAGUUUUAACAGCUGUGGCCAGCACAAAACAAAUGCUAUUGUUGUCGACUUGGAUUUUAUGUUGUCCCAGUGUUACUUUAGUCAGGUCAAAGAGACCACAGGGAUAUCCCACCAGGCAGGAUCAGCAAGUUAGCCAGGUAACGUUAAAAAGUAUUACCGGAUAUCCUCUGAGAUAUUGUCUAUUCUUAGCAGCUGUCACCCAGGAUGGCUGGAUCAUUUUCCUAAACCGAGCAGUCAACCUGUUUUACAGAUUCAAAUCACUAUCACCAGGAUAUAGCACUCUCUUUUCCAGUUAUCUGGCUAACUUUCCAAAUCCUGGUUUGUGGAAUACCCAGCUAUCUGGAAAACCUGCUUGUAUGCAACCUGGUUAUCAGAUGCAUAUCCUGUAGGCAACACACAUGGCCAACUACCACCAUACCAGACAUAGUUGGCAUGUUGCUCAAGUGUUUUCUUUCUUUCUUUCUUUCUUUUUUUUUUGACAGUGUGCAUUCAUUCUUACAGAUAUGCCUGGUUGUUGUUUUUUUCUUGCUUGGGAAAAAGGGGCCACAGCUAUUAAAACUUAAAACUUUGAAACAAA